AUGUAUAUGUACAGUACAAGAAAAAACUAUAAUCUUUAUUAUAAUGAAAUUAAAAUAUUAUUUUUCACUACUCUCUUACAUUUGAAGUAUCAAGGAAUAAAGGAGUUUUUAGACUUUAUCUAUAUCAACUUGGACACUCAUUGGAGUUGCCAUUGUUAUUAAUGCCUAUGCUAAAAUGAGGACAGAUAAUGUGGUUAGCAUUACAUUUCUUAAUCAAUAUAAAGGGAUGGUUAGGAGAAAAAGAAAAAGAAAAAGAGAGAGGAAAAGAGAGCAUGUUUAAUAACUUAACAACAGACUCUUCUAAGAAGUAGUAGUGUGGGCGGAAUGAUAAGGCCUGAAAGAACGAAGGAAUGUUAAUUUGAUUAUGUUGAUGUGCAUAUAGUUAUGGGUAUCAAAGGAAUUAUUUGUAGAUAUAGACUACUUGUCUAGUGCUGAGUCAGUGAGUCUACAAUUGUGAUAUUGCGGCUGGCUGUCUAGAUCUAUCUUCUCAAAAUCAUGGACUUAUCAGUAGCAAAUCUCGGACUAAUUUUCUUUCUAUUGACUGUAAUACAAGUCAAUGUUUUAGCAAGCAGCCUCUCCUCCUAUGGAAGUGAAUUUUAUUUGGCAUUUCCAAGGAAUGUCAAUGGAGCAACAAACCUCACACUAACAGUACACACACUCAAGAGUACAUCAGUUCAAUACAGCAUUGAGUCUCUCAAUCAAGGCUUUAGCUACUCUGGUACAACCACUGCAGGAGAUCCUGAUGUUGUGGCUAUACCAUUAAAUUAUGAAGUCUUCCUAUCCUCCUAUUCAAACCGAAAGUUAGGCCUGCAUAUUACAUCACCUGAGACUGAGCCUGUAUCUGUUGUUGCAUGGAGUAGGAAUAUUUAUGGGUACUUUUCAUUUCUUGGGCUUCCAUGUCACACUCAACCAACAAAUUCAUAUGUAUAUUAUGCAGUAUCAUCUCAUGGUUACAGUAACUUUCCUGGAUAUUUUCUCCUUGUUGGGUGCAUGAAUAACACCAAUGUCACCAUAGUACCAAGUCAAUAUGCUAACAUUACAAUGCCAAUCAAUCCACAAUCACCAAUCAGUGGAUAUAACACAUAUCGAGCAGGAGAAAACAACAUAUUUGUUGUACAUGCAGGGCAGACUAUAAAAAUUGAUCAAGCUUUUGUUGAUCUCUCUGGCACUAAAAUAAUUUCAGAUGCACCAUUGACAGUUAUAAGUGGACACAGUACUGCUCAGGUUCCACUUGGAAUAAGUGAUGCUGAUCCAAUGGCAACACAAGUCCCUCCUACUAUCACCUGGGGUACAGAAUUCCUCUUGUCUCCUCAUCAUAAUAGGAAUACUGGUCAGUUCUAUAAGAUUAUUGCUCACAAGGAUGGAACUAAUAUUCAAAGGAAAUGUGACACCAGUCCUACAGUUAAUGCCACUCUCUCCUCUGGCCAAGUUUAUCAGUUCAAUACUUCUAACACUUCAUACUGCAGUCUUGUAGCUAGCAGGCCAAUAUAUGUGGCACAUGUUGGAACAAGUAAAAACUUUAAUGGAGGUACUUAUGGUGAUCCAACUCUUAACACAGUUCCUCCAAUAAACCAAUACAUACACUCAAUAGAGUAUACAAGAUACUUUGCAAUAUCUAGUGGUGUAAACCUGCUUAUACCAAGGGAUCAAUACUUCAGUAGCCACCUGAUAAUUGAUAAUACUCUUUUCCCUAUUUCAUGGGACUCCGCUAUUUACUUUCCUAAUGGAACAAUUGCUGGCUAUGGUUGGCACUCUUCAACUUCUGGUACUCAUACAUUCACCCAUCCAAGUACUUCAGGGGGGAUAUUUCUUUCAGUAUAUGGAUGGACGACAUUCAGUGGAUAUGCAUUCUCAGGUGGCAUGGGUCUUGAUCCAAUAAAUUCACUCCCACAGGUUAGCUUUACUCAAGAACUGUUUAUCGUUACAGAAGGAAGCAAUGAUGCCAUUAUCUACUUAAAAAGAAGUGCAAGUGUUGAGGAAGAAGUAUCAGUGAGAGUGAGUGUCACUCCUCAACAGUUAGACACAGCUGAAGGUGGAGAUGAUUAUUUGUCAAAAAGUGCAGUGGUCACAUUUAGAUAUGGUGAAACGCUACAUAAUGUAACCAUUGCUGUUAUUGAUGACCUCUAUGCUGAGUCUACUGAGUAUUUUACUGUAAGACUGGAAGCUAUUGGACAAGAUGUUUUUGCAUUUCCAAUUACAGAAUGCACUGUAGGAAUACAGGACAAUGAUUAUAUACAGAUUGGUUUUAGCAAAUCAUCACUGAUUAUUGAUAGUACAGAAAUGACUCUUGACAUGUCCAACUAUCGUGGAAUAAUGCAGUCAGGAGAAAUAUCAACUGUUCAGUUGCAAGUUGAAAGUUUAUCAGGUGAAGCUUUAAAUGUCACUCGCUUUGAUUUCUAUAAUUACAGUGGAAGCUACAGUGCAACUCUUAAUCUCUCUCAUCUUCCUUUCUCUCUGGUAUACAACCAAAAUAAUGCUGUGUUGUUAGGGAGACUUGCUAUUGAUAAAUCAAACAUCAAUCUAAGAAUAGAGCCAUCUGUUAUUACUGUUACCUAUAAUACUAAAACUUCUUAUGCUACUACAACAACACAAAUUAAUCACAUGAGUAGUGAUAUUUCAACUGUCACCAUAACAUUCAUUCCUACAACAUCAUCUCAAGCUUGUGUGUCCUCUCGGCCAAUUACAGUUACAUCAUCCAUUACUACAAUAUCAACGCAAGUUUGUACAUUUUCUGAGCCAGUUACAGUUACAUCUAUUCGCACAAGCAUGCUAACAACUGCAACAAGUGCUUCAGUUAUAAAUGAAAGCCCUUCACUAUCUAAAAUAACAAUAACGGUUGAGAAGACUUUGCCAUGUUCUGCAGCUAUACUACCAACAACACAACCAAACCAGUCCUCGUUGAACUCAAGUGUAGUUGUUGGAGGUGUAAUGGGCUAUGUUAUACUUGUCAUUCUCGGUGUCGUUGGCACUGUAGGUGGGUUUUUCUGUGGAAGAAGUACCAGGAGACAACAAGGAAUGACAAUGUCGGCAACAAAUGUACCAGGGGUAAUCUUUAGUAACUUUAAUGAUUAUGAAGGUCGUAGAAAAGCAGUUAGAUCUGGUAUACUUGAUAAAAACCAGUCACUUCCUCUACCUAUACCUCCACAUAAUAUUGGUGAAGAGAUUUAUGAUGAUACUGCUAUUUACAUGGAAAUGGAUAAUUUGCAGAAAGAAAUGACAUACGAAAAUUCUGUAGCAAUUUCAGCACAGUAAACAUGAGUAUUGCAGAUACAGUAAUGUAUUUUGUUAUUUGUCUUACAUUAUGCAUGCAUCAAUAAGCCUAAUUGUUUACUAUUAUUGAGUGACCCAUCAUUACGUAUCUAA